CCCGAAUAACAAAAGAUCGUUGCUACGAUGAAUCCGCCGAUAGCUGAUGUCGACAACUCCGCAGCUGAAGGAAGGUUCGUAUUCGUCCUUGAGAAGGCUUCUCUGGAAACAGCAAAGAUAGGAAAAGGAUACCAACUACUCAACUGUGACGACCACGCAAACUUUCUUCGCCGCAACGGUAGGGAUCCGGCGAGCUAUCGCCCUGAUAUUGUCCACCAGGAGCUUCUCGCGAUCCUUGAUAGUCCCCUUAACAAGGCCGGUCAUAUAAAUGAAGUAUACGUCCACACGAACAAUAAAGUACUUUUCAAGGUCAGCCCGAACACCCGCAUCCCGCGUACUUUUAAGCGAUUUUGUGGACUCAUGGUUCAGCUCCUCCAGAAACUCUCCAUACGCACAACGAAUGGCCCUGAGAAGUUAAUCAAGGUGGUCAAAUCGCCGGUUUACCAAUACUUUCCUGCUGGUGCUAAGAGAGUGGGGCUCUCUUUCAGCGCUCCAUAUGUCAGUGACCUUAGACAAUACGUUAAAACUUUGCCAGAAAAAGUGCCAGUUGUGUUUACGUUAGGGGCUAUGAGCCACGGGUCGAUAGACUCUAUUUACAUUGAUGACUUGAUCUCUGUAAGUCAGUACCCUCUGAGUGGAGCAUGUUGUAUCAGUCGAAUCACUAGUUGCCUGGAAAAUGAACAUAACAUAGUAUAGAAGGAGCUUUCAAAAUAUAUUGAAGUGGUGGC